AUGUGGAAACACCGAAUUUCGGUGAAGACAACCUCUGAGGCGGAACGUCGUGAAUUCGUUGACCGUAUCGCAAAAUGUGCUCGCAAGCUCAGCACAUACAAUGAACUGCUCGAGGAAGAAGCUAACGAGCGGUAUAAGCUCAGCCUGAAGUUGCGCGCUUACCAUAACAAAGUCAAACAACAGAUUAAGCAAUAUGAGAGUGAAUUAAAGGAGUUGACUGACAAACGUGAUCACGGUGUUGCUCUGAAGACCGAAUUGUUUAAACACAUGUCGAGUCUGCCCGAUUUGAAUCUGCUGCCUGACAUAACCGCUGGCUUGGAUCCUUUACCUACUGUGGGCGAUCUGUUUGGAUAAGCGCUUCUCUGUACCAUUAGAAUCCCUGACUUUCGUGCAUUUUUAUUUGACCUUUGAUGUAAAUAUGUUCGAAAUAUUGUUUUUUUCUACCUAUACCCAUUUUUGUGCGAUUUAAUGUCCGCAGUGUCCUCGGUUUCAGUAAUUUCAGCUACCUAUCACUGAACCCUCCAGUGGCUAUCGUGGGAAUCGAAUGUGACGGUCAACCUUCACUUCAAGCAAACCCAAGAUGAAUUGUUAACCGCUACGAAAGCGCUAUCUGCAGUCUGGUGAAACAGUGAUAAAGCCGUCUUUAUUCAUCUCCACGUCUCAAAUUUGAGUUUCAUUUCAACUUCCUCUACCUAAACAGUGUAAAUAAGCAGAAGACCGGUCGCGGGGAGGUCAUCGUUAGUAGCGUGCAGCGCAUAUUGGUGAUACGUCCUGUUAUAAACCUCCUAGUUGGGUUUCGACUGUCCUAGUCAGAACGGAUGAACUCUUUCACUCGUUGUUACCCACACGCAGAGUUGCCUAAACGAUUCAUACUGGAACGGCUAGUGGACUUAACCGUCAGAAGUGAACCCGUAACUGAGAAGGCGGACGGAACGCCUAAAUAUCGCACUACUGUAUCGUGGCCCGCAGAAAGAAGACUAGCCAAUAGUAAGAGUACUUUACUGAGUCAAUC